AUGUCCUUUCGCAAGCGAAACAUUGGUCUGUCUGCAGGUGUCGACCGUGCAGCUGUCCCCAAUGCCUCUACUCAGCCAGCUCCGCCUGAAUCAAGUCCGGGCAUACGCCCCUCCCCCGAUGAUGGACGACCAACUACCUCUACAGGAUCGCCGUCGCUGGACAACCUGCUCGCUGGCCAUGCAGGACUUCCUAUGGGGAAAAUACUGUUGAUUGAGGAAAAUGGCACUACGGAUUUUGCGGGUGCAUUGCUCCGAUACUAUGCGGCGGAGGGCGUGGUUCAAGAGCAAAAGAUUCAUGUCGUCGGAGUCCCUGAACAGUGGGGACGCAGUCUUCCAGGUUUGAUCGGAACAGCAGAAUCUUUAGAAGAGAAGAGGGACAAGCGCAAGGAUGAAAAGAUGAAGAUUGCGUGGCGAUACGAGCGGCUAGGUGAAUUUGGUGCUGGCGUCGCAGGCUCACGAGAUGCGCCUGCCCCUGCGCCGGCUGGCGAGAAAGAUGCAAUCGCAAAGCCAGCCUUUUGUCACGCCUUUGACCUUACAAAGCGUCUUACCCACCCCGCCAUCACCAACAUGUCCUUUAUCCCACUCGUGCCUUCGAGAGAAUCUCCAUUCGCCGCGAUUCUGAAACAGCUCCAAACCACGAUUGGCUCAAGCCCUUCAAAUACCAUCCACCGCAUCGUCAUCCCGUCCUUGCUCAACCCGACCAUGUAUCCGCCAAACGCCUGCCAGCCCGAGCAUGUGUUGCAGUUCUUUCACUCAUUGAAGGCAAUGAUGAGCGCAUACACCACUCGAGUGACGGCCAUGAUCACACUCCCUCUGUCCUUGUUCCCACGCUCAUCGGGUCUGGUCCGCUGGAUCGAACUGUUGAGUGACGGCGUGAUCGAGCUUUGUCCCUUCCCUCAUUCGGCUGACGCGGUAGCAACCUCGGGCGCUGCGACAUCUGUGGAGGAACCACCACAAGGCAUGCUGAAGACGCAUAGACUUCCGGUAUUACAUGAGCGUGGUGGCGGGAGCGAUCAGAAUGUGGGACAAGACUGGGCAUUUAUCCUCAGCCGUCGGCGGUUCGAGAUUAAGCCGUUCAGUUUGCCGCCAGCUGAAGGCGACACGGAAGCACAAGAUGCGUCGGCAACUGGCGGCAUGCCGAAGAAGUCGGACCUCGAGUUCUAA